AGAAGUGCUGCUUGUACAAGUUAAAGCAGGCACUGAAGAAAGAGCAACCAAAUAAAAAGCAACUGCAGGAGCAAAGUGGACCCUUCUGAAAUUAAAAGACAUGUCUUUCUUCACCAGAGUUUUGACGAUGAAAUGCAAGCAGACACUUGAAUGUGAGAGGACUUACUUUUACCAGGCGCUUUUCGCCAGCAGCAGGUUUCCCGGGCAGCCCCGGCUGUGCAGCAGCCAGUCCCUGGAGGUGCGGAGCAGCCCGCGGGCAGCGGCGGGGAACAAAGGCGAGGGGCGCGGAGCGGAGCUGCUGGGGCCCCCCCCGCGCCGCCUGGGCAGGGUGAAGAGCCUGCACGAAAUGCCCGGACCCAACACCCUCUACAACCUCUACGAGUUCUUUUGGAAGGACGGCUUCGGCCGCAUUCAUGAAAUCCAGCAAAAACACACUCAGGAAUAUGGAAAGAUCUUCAAGUCUCACUUUGGUCCCCAGUUUGUUGUGUCCAUUGCAGAUCGAGACAUGGUUGCUCAAGUGCUCCGAGCAGAAGGCAGAGCACCACAAAGAGCCAACAUGGAAUCCUGGCAGGAGUACAGAGAUUUACGGGGGAGAGCCACGGGGCUCAUUUCUGCGGAGGGGGAGCAGUGGCUAAAAAUGAGAAGUGUUCUGAGGCAAAAAAUUCUGAAACCCAAAGAUGUGGCUGUUUACUCUGAAGGAGUCAAUGAAGUUAUCACAGACUUAAUUAAAAGAAUCCACACCCUCAGAAGUCAAGAGGAGGAUGGGGAAACAGUGACCAAUGUUAACAACCUUUUCUUCAAGUAUUCAAUGGAAGGGGUGGCGACUAUUCUGUACGAAUGCCGGCUGGGCUGCCUGGAAAACAACAUCCCACAGCAGACUGUUGAAUAUAUUGAGGCUCUGGAAUUGAUGUUUAGCAUGUUUAAGACCACUAUGUAUGCAGGUGCUAUUCCCAAAUGGCUUCGUCCACUUAUUCCAAAACCCUGGAGAGAGUUCUGCAGAUCCUGGGAUGGACUCUUCAAAUUUAGUCAAAUCCAUGUUGACAACAAAUUGAAGGCUAUUCAGUCUCAGCUGGACCAAGGAGAAGUAGUGAAUGGUGGGCUACUUACACACCUCCUAGUGAGUAAGGAACUUACCUUGGAAGAGAUCUAUGCCAACAUGACUGAAAUGCUUCUGGCAGGAGUGGACACAACUUCUUUCACUUUGUCCUGGGCCAUAUACUUGUUGGCAAGGCACCCAGAGGUGCAGCAACGUGUUUAUGAGGAAAUAGUCAAUAAACUGAGUAAAGAUCAAGUUCCAGUGGCUCAUGAUGUCCCAAAAUUGCCUUUGAUUAGAGCUGUCCUGAAAGAAACCUUGAGGUUAUAUCCAGUAUUGCCAGGAAAUGGAAGAGUGACCCAAAAAGACUUGAUCAUUGGAGGAUACUUGAUACCUAAAGGGACCCAGCUGGCACUUUGUCAUUAUGCUACUUCAUACAGUGAAGAAAAUUUCUCAGUGGCAAAUGAGUUCCGACCUGAACGCUGGCUGAGGAAAGAUAAUUUGGACAGAGUAGACAACUUUGGCUCCAUCCCAUUUGGUUAUGGCAUUAGAAGUUGUAUAGGAAAAAGAAUUGCAGAGCUGGAAAUCCAUCUUGCACUGAUUCAGCUACUUCAGAAUUUUGAAAUCAAAAUUUCUCCCAAAACUGAACCAGUUCAUGCCAAAACUCAUGGACUUUUGACUCCUGGAAACUCCAUCAAUGUGAGGUUUUCUGACAGGAAGUGAAACUCAAACAUUUUGGAAGUACUUAUACAAUUUUCAUGGA